AGAAUGACAGUAAAACAGAAAUUGUGUUUUUCUUUUGUCAGAACUCUGAAAAGUUAAUUAUUUUAGAUCCUAAAAUGAUUUAAAAGUUAUAUUAUUAAAAGCAAAAUAAAUAACACGUACGAUCGACAUUUAAUAUUCAUAGAAAAUGACUGAAUCUGUACAGGAAAAGGGUAAUAUAUCCAUAAAAAAAAUCGUAAAAUUCGGUACACUAACCACACUUGCUUUUAUCCUGGGAUGGAUUCACUAUAAAUAUGUGUCAACUAUCUAUGAAAACGUCACACACUUCUCACACUUGUCUGAGACGGAACGAGAGAUGUCAUUCUACUCUGAAUCAGCUUUCUACUAUUCAUUCUACAAAACCCUGGUCGAAGAGAGGCCUUUCAUUGUGGGUAUGUCCAAACUGAUGAAUGAUCAGAAAGUGGAAUAUCCAAACUACGUGAAUGCUUUUAACAGGUUCAAUAUACAUCCAGAGGUUCUAAUUGCCUCCCUAUACCGCUAUUUAGAGCCCUGGAUUAAUAACACGCGACAGUGCCACACAGUGAGCCGAGGUUAUGACCUGUCGCCUGUGGAGAGCUGUGUAGGCAUUGGGCAACCAGUCAUAUUCUACUUGGAGGCAAUAUGGUGGCUGUCAGCACUGACACUGGCGGCCUUGUUCCUGCAUGCUACUGCCCUCAGCGAAAGUGUACUUGGAGGGUUAUUAGCUGCAGUUCAGUACUUCGCGAACCAUGUUGAGUGCACUCGAGUCCAAUGGCUUCCAAAUCAGAGAGAGAACAUGGCUAUAGCCCUAUUGCUGCUGCAGGCCUGGCUGCUCAGUAUGCAGCUCAGGGUCAAUCACCGGAGAGCUGCUUUCACUCUGCAGGUGACAAUAUUCAUCAUAAACUGUCUGUGCCUGCUUUUCUGGCAGUUCACCCAGUUCAUAUUCCUAACGCAACUCGCUAUUUUCUUCAUGAUGGAGCAAUUACGAAUUAUAAAUUGUAAAACAUUAUGUAUGUUGUUACAUUCACACUUUUGCGGCCUACAUCUGGCUGUCUUGCUCCUAAAUGGAAACGAUAUGCUAAAAUCGUCUUUAUAUACCUCGUUCUUCAUCGUAACUUCAAUAUAUAGUUUAUUAUUCAGCAAUUUACGCAUUAAGGUCCAAAAUUGUUUGGAUUUAUUUGUUGAAGCGUGGCUAGUAUUAUUAAGAAGCGGUAUAGUUGUGUGCGCGUCUAUAUAUUUGAAAAAGAUGAUUAACGAUUUCUUAGAGGUGCAAGAGGAUAACCAUGUGUGGGACAUACUAUUCUCAAAGUUUACCGAUUAUAAAAAUUUUCAUUCAUUAAUGUAUACGUGUUCAGAAGAAUUUGACUUUCUACCUUGGAGUUCAGUUAUGAAUAUGGUGAAUACUUUCUUAAUACCGUUUGCUUUUCUUGGUAUAUUUAACGUUUGCAACUAUUGGAUUGGAAAUGCUUUACGUACAUUAAAACAAAAAGAGUCAGAAGCAAUAUCUGUUAAAAAAGAUAAGGACAGCGAUACAGAAGACAGCGGCAUUGAAAAUACGGAAAUAGAGAAAGCAUAUAAAGAAACGCCAGAGAAACCGGAUGCCCCGGAUAAUGUGAUAAAGUUCCUGAGCCAGUUGAACGUGGACGCGGCCAUAUUCUAUAAUGUGUCGCAGUUGGUCGUGUACGGCGCGAUGGCGGCGAUAGUGAUGCGACUCAAGUUGCUGUUCACGACGCAACUCUGCGUCGUGGCCGCACUCAUGAUGAACACCAAAUAUUAUUUAAUUCCCAAGACCUCCAAGAAAUAUAUACCUGUGUUCUGGGCACUAUGCCUGCUACCCCUGGCGUAUAAACUUACAAUAAACACAUCCGAAGAACUCUCAUAUAUUGACGAAUACAGCAACCCGCCACUAGAGGAGCUGCUGUCGUUCAUCCGCACGAGUACACCGGAGACGGCCGCGUUCGCGGGCUCGCUGCCGACGCUGGCGGCCGUGCUGCUCAGCGCCAGGCGGCCCGUCGUCGCACAUCCGCACUACGAACACUUUGAAGCGAGACAACGAGCAUACUCUGUGAUGAAGGCUUACGGCAGGUUCUCCUCGCACGAGUUGUACCAGGAGCUUAGCAAGCUCAAGGCGAUUUACCUCAUUGUUGAGAACAACUAUUGCUAUGGCAAGAGCAGCACCGGGUGUUCGUUCGCGGACAUCUGGGACGCGGAGUCGCCGGCGCACGCGCAGCGCCCGCGGCUGUGCCACACGCUGCUGACCGACCCCCCGCACCACUUCUAUAAGGUCUUCUCUAACGAACGAUACUCCGUCUUCUGGAUACACGACUUUAGUGUCAGGUACAUGCCACGAAGUUUCGAUAGCUGACACCUGCCACUCGCAGACCGCCGGGUCGAGCGCAGAAAGCCGCGGCUACACCGUCGCAACCCGUAGCCGGACAGGACUUUUCAUAGCACAUUGUGAUUUCUUUGUGGAUGAUAAUACAUAUGUCUGAAUUUGCAAUCGCGAGCGAUGACAUACUAGUCAUGUCAUAUGUUCCCGAAUCAUAUUGGAUAUUUAGGAAUCAUCCAAUUUGUCUGACAGAGAAAACUAUAGACUUAGCCAUGUCUUUCGUUUUGCUUGUGAAAGAGAAACGCUUAUUAGAAGUACACAUAAAGGGACAGAGCGCUAAUAUAUUUAGCCCCUCACCGUGUGCGGUUUUAUGUUUUGCAUGGAUAUGUUCUAUCUCAUUUGGCUACGCUAGCUUGCCUUUAGUUUUCUCUGUCUUUGAUUUUGAGUCACUAAUUGCCAGAAAAACGGCUACCCGUAAAAGGAGUGUAAUUAUAAAACUUGUAUAUGUGAUUUGUGAUCUCCAAGUGAUAAAAAGUUAAAUUUAUAUUUUCAUAAGGGAUGAGGAUCAAUUACAAUCGGUCUAGAAAGUGAAGAAAACGGCUUUUGAUGACUUUUUUUUUGUCAUUGCAAUACCAAAUAUAAUGGUCAAGAUUGGUUGAUAAACACGCAGUGUUGCCAGACAACAGGAGACAGCGACCUCAUUGAAUUUCUUCACUUUCUUGGCAGACUGUAUGUCAUAUCACUUUUUCAAUUUAAUUGUACAUAAUAUGGCCACAUUGUAAUUUGAUUAAGAAUGUAUAAUAUAUACAAAUAGAAGACAAUAUAUAUUUUAGAUAUUUAAGGUACCUACAUUGUUAGCAGGUCUCGUUUUUAUCCAUUCUUUCUUUGGCAUACAUUAAGGAUGUAGUCUUCGGCAUCUCUAAUGGUAAAAGUAGCUGGUGCAAGCGAAAAUGAGCAGUAGAACAAGUAGACAUAGUAAUCAAGAGUAUGAUAUUAAAGUUGAUUUCAUGUGAAUAUAAAUUAAAAUGUAAAUAAAUAUUAAGUCAUCAAUAUUAUACUAACGAACUUUGCAAUAAUAUACAUGUUAUUUACAUAUAAACAUUCCUCUUCUAUCGAUCUAUUUACCUAAAACCUGUAGUUUUUUAAAAAUAUUCGUUGUGAUACGAAAAACAGACGGCGGGGAGAUACUUUAUUUUAUACGAUGUAUGUCUGAAAAAGAUAAUUUGAACAUAGUAAACUCUGACUGUGCCGACCUGGUUAGCCAUGGUUCAGAGGCUAGAACUUUAUUUACUACAGGGUCACAAAGGCCUGUCCAUGUAUCAUAUCAUUCAUUUAACGUCAGCCAAUGAUUUCAUAAAAGCUUUUUACGCCGAUCUAGUUUUACGAGUUUGAUUAAUAAAUUGAAUUGGUCAGCAAAGAAAUUUAUGUCGAAAGACAUUUUUUUUAUUUCCCCGUACUAAUUUGUUGAUUGAACUUUUGCAUGGAAAUAUUUUUACUACAUGUCCCUGUAAAUUAAUAUAAAAGUUGCAGCGUCAAAAGAUUACCCUGUUACUAUGGGAUUACUAACUCCUAAUUCCAUGCUUGUUACAUGUCACGGUCACGGCCAUUAUUAUAAAAUCUACUACAAAGUACCUACUAAUUCCAUGUGUGCUACAUUCAGUUUUUUUGUUAAACUGCGAUUCUGCAAUAUAGUGAUGUAGGUAUUAAUUUGUUCUUGGAAAAGCCGUUUGUUAUUUUCUAUUUAUAAUUUGUCAUAGUGGUGGUCAAAUCGUUGUCAUGAUUUUUACCGUUAUUUGUAUUCUUAUUGAGUCAAACUAUAAAAAUAGAAUUUUAACUGAAGUAUAAUAUAAAUAUUAUAUAGUAAAGGCUAAGUUUCUGUCAGAUCUUGUAUGUACCUAUGCUAUUUCAAUAUCCAUUGCUCCAAGUUUAAAAAAAAAACAGAAUUAAGAUGUACAUUAUAUAACUAAGAUAGAUUAAAUAAUAGCAAAACGAUGCCCAUCUCAAUAAACGAUUUGAAAUACAUAGUA